AUGGCAGCACAUGGCCAACCCAGUACAGGUCCCCUCGAGGACCGACUGCGCAAUCUGAUACUCAAUCACUCUGAUAAACCCCUGGAGCAACCGAUACAACAGCCGGUUUAUCAAUCGCCACACCAACAACCUGUUACGCAGGAUGUGUCCCAGCUAGGACGGGAUGCACUACCAGGUCCGCCCACACUAAGCAACACAGGCGGCCCGGCUUCAUUAAAACCUUCUCGAAAGCGGCCAAACCAAGCGCAGCGUCGUCAAAUGUCGGCCCAACUCUCUAUUCCGGUUGACACACGACCUCAGUUCCCGCGCGCAGAUGGCCGCCAGGAACACCAUCGCGGGAGGGGCGGGUACCGCGGGGCCCGGCAACCGCACUCUGCCACUUUCCGCCCACCAAACCAAGACAAUGUGAUCUCGAGCGCUCCUCCGACCGGUACACCGCAGCAAUUCCGGUCCCGUCACCAACCUUCACUUUCAUACCAUGGCCCCAUGUUGACGCCUAACCAGCUUGGUUGGCCACAGUCUCCUAUGCACCACACAGACCCGAGCCUGCAGUACACGAUGCAAGACAUGCGGCCCAUGCCGCCUAUGCCUCCCUUGCCUCCAUUCGAUGCUUCAACAACAACGCAUCGGGCACAACAUAGUUCCGACUUUAACCACGGAAGGCAGUUUUACCCCAAGCCGGACGAGUUGGUGGCACAGGCUGAGCUGCUCGAGGGCCUCUGCAACACUAUCGUUGCCGAUGCUGAGAUAGAGUCAGCUGAGAUUAUGGAGAAGGAGACAUUUCGUCUGAUGAUUGAGAAAGUUGCCAGAGCCGCCGUGGCCGAACAUGAGAGGAACCACAACGGUUUCGGCGACUUCCCUCCCGAAAGCGUGCAACUCAAAUGCUUCGGUAGUCUCGCAUCCGGCUUUGCUACCAAGGCCUCCGACAUGGACCUUGGCAUCCUAUCACCACUGUCACGCGUCCAACCCGACGCCCCCGGCUCCAUGAUACCCAGGCUCAUUGAAAAGGCCUUCCUUGACAUUGGGCUUGGUGCCAGGCUACUCACCCAGACUCGCGUCCCGAUCAUCAAGGUCUGUGAAAAGCCUCCAGAGGCUCUUCGCCUGGCGUUGUUGGCGGAGCGGGCAAAAUGGGAAAGAGGCGGGACUGAAGACGCUGAUGAAGUGGAAGCGCAUGACAGCCCAGAUCUACACAAGGCUGAAAUUGUCCCAGUCGCCCCGGAAGCUCAACACGAGGAAGAGACAAUUCCACCGGAGAAACGGUUGCAGGGGCUCAAGCAGGGCGAGACAACCAGCUUGUCUAACUAUUAUAUCUCCGCUAAGCGCCUGCUCCGGAAGCUCGGCGGCCACGACAUGACCCAUUCGAACGCCACAGAUUUCAAGAUGGACCGUGUCAAACUCUUGAACCAAGUUUGUUUAGCGUUUGUUGACGGACUGGCUGACAAGGCGCUGCGCGAUCGCUUGUUAAGUUACCACUCCCUCAACCGGUACGACCUGAUCUCUCAUGGCAAUAAUCCCCGUACCCUGCUCGGAUUGUUUACCCAGAUCGAAGGAGAGCAUAUGGCCUUGCUUUGGGACUCUCGGCCCUUCCAGGAAAAGGACCAGUCCCGCGAGGCUGCUGCGGAGAGCGUUGUGAGAACUUGGAGGGCCGUUCAAGAGAAGCCCGACUUCGGCCGGGAUCCGCUCGGCUUCCAAAAAGAGCUGCAUUUUGCCGCCGAACAGCUGAAGAAGAUAGCUUCCAUUCAGGUCUUGCUUCUUUCUCAGGCUCACGGGGAGUCUGCGGCAAGCUACUGCGCCAGAGCCUUGCGGUUGUUCAAUGAGCUAGGGGGGCACGACUCGCGUCACAGGGCCGAUACUAUUCUACCAACACUUAUACACCAUUAUAUCGGAGGUAUCUCGAACCAAGAAAUUCGGGAGCAAGUUCAAGAGUUCCAGCAAGCCCAUGGCGUUAAUCAUCUGCGGGCCAUCGGUCGCAGACAUAAGUGUCUACAGCUCGCCCACGAGUACGAAGUCUGCCUCACAAAGGGGCUGUAUACAGACGAAGCCGCAGCCAACGUCCAACGUUAUGUUGAACUGUUGCGGGCCCCGAUAACGCAGCCAUCUGCCGGCUACUCUCAUGGCAUGAUACCCCUUACACCAGAUUUGGCCUCGCUUCUCUCCGAGAUCCGCCUACUCGGCGAUCCAUCACGGGCGGUGCCAAACCAACCGCGGGACCGCUACAGCAGCGCCCUCGAGUUCCCCAAAUCCGGCGUCGGCGUGCAGUGCGACAUCAACUUUUCCGCACACCUCGGGGUGCAAAACACCCUCCUCCUGCGCUGCUACUCGCACUGCGACCCUCGCGUGCGGCCGCUCAUCCUUUUCGUCAAGCACUGGGCGAAGGUCCGCCGCAUCAACUCGGCCUACCGAGGCACCCUCGGCAGCUACGGUUACGUUCUCAUGAUGCUACACUACCUUGUCAACGUCGCCCAGCCGUUCGUCUGCCCAAACCUACAACAACUCGCCCGGCCUCCCGAUCCGAACCUCACCCCCCCGCAAAUCGAAGAGAUGGUCUGCUGCAAGGGCCGGAACGUGCAAUUCUGGCGCGACGAGGCCGAGAUCACGCGUCUGGCGCGCGACAACGUGCUCACACAAAACCGCGAGUCGGUCGGCGAGCUCCUACGCGGCUUCUUUGAGUACUACGCCAAGGGCGGCUCACCCAUGAGCUCCCUGCCCUGCCGCACCUUCGACUGGGGCCGCCAGGUGCUCAGCCUACGCACCCACGGCGGGCUACUCAGAAAAGAGGAUAAGGGCUGGACGGGUGCCAAAACAGUCCUCGAGGUCCAAAACGUCCCCGCCGCGCCUCCCCCCCAUCCCAGCAGCACAGCGGCGACUCCUACUCCUACCCUCGACGCGGCCCCCAAUGGCCCCCCACCCGCUCCUCCUCCGCCAGGCGGGGACGAACCCCAACCUUCACCAACAACCCAGACCCAGACCCAAAACGGCGCCCCCAGCACGCCCGCCCAGGUCAAAGAGAUCCGCAACCGCUACCUGUUCGCCAUCGAAGACCCCUUCGAGCUGGACCACAACGUCGCGCGCACCGUCACACACGUCGGCAUUGUCAACAUCCGGGAUGAGUUUAGGCGUGCGUGGCGGAUUAUUAAGGGGGCGGGGAACGGGGGGCAGGUGAAGUUUGGUGGUUCUGGUGGUCACGGUGGGAAUCAGGGUGGUGGUGGUGGUGGGUGGAGGCAGGAGGAGUUGUUGGAGGAUGUGGGGAGGGCGGAGGAGGUGAGGGAGAGGGAGGCGUUUGCGAAGCUGUUGGAGGAGAUUCAUGGGGUGGGGGUUCAGGAGGAAGGGGGUGGUGGUGGUAGUGGUGGUGGUGGUGGUGGUGGGGAGUAA